AGUAUAAAUAGAGCUGUAUUCCUUGAAACACAAUAAGUAACAAAUUAUUGGUUAGAGAUUCCCUUACUAUUGUGAUACGAAAGAAAGUCGAGCAAGAUGAAAUUUGUACUAUACAUUUCGGCGCUAUUUCUGGGCUUUGCAGCCGCAAAUCGCGAAGAAUCUUUGGCCGUUUUGGAAGAUAUGAAGAACCUUCAACCAGCGUACAAAAACUAUCUGGAUUACACCGUAAAUUUGGUUGCAAACGCUAAACUUAACUCUUCGACUGUGAUAGUGAACUUCCACGAUGACAUAAUCCGGACGAAGGAGCAAUACCUAAAAGCAGCCAUCGCCAUCGAAUCGUAUCUUCUAACCCAACUCAAUAGCCAAGGUCCCGGAGUCGAUACCAACUGUCUGGAUAAUCUGCGGAUUAAGGUUACACCAGAAAUGAAUCUGAGAGGUCGCCAUUUCACUACUUGCAUCGUUGCAGUUGACGAUGAUUUGACUAAGGAAAUCGACAAAGUGUACCAUCAACUACAGUUGGACGGACCAAGUUGGACCGAUUCAACUUCUACGAUGCUUUCGUGGGGAAGAAUAUUUUUGAGAAUCCAGCAGAUAUAAGCUCCAAGCUCCAGGCUAAGCUACACCAGCUAGGCGAUCUGCCGACGAAACUGGCUGAGCUGUUGACUUUGUACGUCAAUGAAUUCCGUGGCCAUUUGACAGGCAUUGUCGGCACUUAUGACAGUUGUCUGCAGAUGGGACAGGAAUUUCUGGAACAGGAGAGAGACUUGAUAAUUAAGCAUUUGCUGUUCACCUGUCACGGAAAACUGGAAACAAUUGAAGGAGAAUAAACCCUUUAAAAAUAAAAUAUUU